AUGCAUUGGAAGGAAGCUUCCGAGGAGCAUAACAGUUCGAUCAAUGGACAAUCUGCGAGCCUGAACAAAAUGUGGGCGCUGCAUCUGCGCCAGGCAAUCGCCACCAGUGCGGCUGUCCGCAGCGUCGGCGAGCUGAUUGUGCUCCUUAACCCAGCUGUAUGUCAUCAUCGCCAAGGAGGACCGCCAAAUCAGCAUAGCAGUUUUCGUCAAUCUGUCAAGCCAAUACUAGCUUUCCGUAGACGAACUGAAUUGAAGUCCCAGUCGUGGAGGAGGCCCACAUCAUCCAGGUGA